AUUGUAAAAAAUGAAAUUUAUUCCGCUACACACAACAAAUACCGCAAUUGUGUAUAAAAAUGCAAUAUGUUCGGCAGCGACAAUGUUGGUGUUGACAUUUUUUGCACUUUCGGUUUUGAUUCCACUGCUAAUGGUGUCACUUCUAAGUCCAUAUUCUGGCAUUGCUGAGUCCCGGAUUCUCUAUGAACAGCCAAAGGUGCAAUUUCAAUUCAAGUCGAUAUUUUAUGGUGAUAUUCGAAUGGAAGACAAUAAUUUGAUAGUCUGCAGCACAUUUCCACAAUUGAACAAUGCAAUUAAUUAUAAAAAUAAUGUUGAUUAUUGUGAUGGUACUAAGUACUGGACGGAAGAUUUGGAUUAUGAUGGCACAUUAGAUCGUGUACAUUUCACCCAACAACUUGAAACUUUGGAGCAGAAAUUAUUGGGAUUUGAUAUAGUUUUGUUUUUUGAGGCAUCUCUGAAGCACAAAUGUGAGUUAUCACCCCCUGCUGUACUCAUCAAACACAUCACCAUACCUUAUGACUCGCAAUUAGCCAGUGGUGUCAUUAACAUACGUGCCGACUUAGUACUCAAACAAUAUGUGGAAUUUACAUGCCCCUUCCCGGGGCGUUAUGUCAAAACCAAGUUCCGGCAUUUAAAUAUUUCAAGCAAUUCAUCGAGUAUUAAACAAUUCGGUGUGGAAUCGCUGUUGGAUCAAUUAAAAUCUAAUCCAGCAUUUUUUGAAUUGGAUAUUCAAGAAACCUAUUUUCGUAGAGGACCUCCAGCCGAUGGUCUGUGUAUACAAUUGGAUAUUGACAUACUGCAAUUGGGUGCUCGUUAUCAUUUAAGUAUUUGGGAACGUUUGGGACAAUUUUGGUUGUACUUCGCUUCAUUCUUUGGCAUUUCAUUUUAUAUUAUGAACAAGGUGAAAGAUUUUCUCUUUGGUCGCCACAUUGUACGUUCAUGGGAGAUAAUACCGUGGAAGAAACUCUACUGACAAAGAAAUGGUGAACGGAUUUAUGUUGAUGAUUAUUCGGAGACGAGUGUUUUUUAAA